AUGGAAAUUUUCAGUCUAUUUGAUACUGAUCAAGCUAUAGGAAUGCUUUUGCAGGGUCAGGGCCAACUUCAGGUUGCUGCACAUUUUGGUGUGCAUAUUCGGACAGUUCAACGUCUUGUCCAACGUGUGCGAGUGACGGGGAGGGUUAUCGACCGACCGCGAAGUGGACGUCCGCGCGUCACGACGCCACAUCAGGAUCGGUUUAUAAGACUUUCUCACUUACGUAAUCGCCAUCUCACAGCUACCGAAACUGCAAAUAACACUAUAGGCAGUCAUAACCGCCAUAUUCAUCCUGAUACGGUUCGAAACCGAUUACGCGUCAAUGGCCAAAGAGCCCGAUGUCCCUAUGUUGGUCUGCCCCUAACUCCUGCGCGUCGCCAACGCCGAUUGGCUUGGUUACAAGCACACUCGCCCAGGAAUUUUCCUAUGAGGCAAUGGAGACGGGUAUUCUUCACUGACGAAUCCCGGUUCACUCUCUACCGUUCGGACGGGCGACGUCGUGUAUAUCGACGUCAAGGGGAACGUUACACCGACGCGUGCGUCGCUGAGCGGGAUACUUUGGCGGUGAUUCAGUUUGUGUUUGGGGCGGUAUCUCCUAUGGGUUUAAAUCACCCCUGA